AUGAAUAGCUUAUUUAUCAUAAUAUCCUUAGGAAUAGUUGUAGCUAGUUUUAUGGUCAUAUCUACGCCGAAUCCUGUUUAUUCAGUAUUCUGGUUAGUUAUUGCCUUUGUUAAUGCUGCUGUUAUGUUUAUAUCGUUGGAAUUAGACUACAUAGGCCUAAUAUUUAUAAUUGUCUAUGUGGGGGCUAUCGCUAUUUUAUUCCUGUUCGUAAUUAUGUUAAUUCAACAGCCUAAUAAGGUAUAUUCUCAAGAUCACUCGCAUUUUUUACCUGUAGGAUUAUCUGUUAUAUUCCUAUUUUCUAGUUUACUCACCAAUAGCCCGAAAUAUAUCAGCAAUCCUGUUAUAGGGUCUAAAACUAACAUUGGAGCAAUUGGAAGUCAUCUUUAUACAACUUAUUAUGAGUUAGUGUUAAUUGCUAGUUUGGUGUUACUAGUAGCUAUGAUAGGGGCCAUAUUAUUAGCCAAGCAACCAAAUUCACCUUUUUUGUAUAAUUUCUAUGGUGAAUCAUUACGUAGUAGGCAAGAUCUCUUCCUACAAAUCAGCAGAGAGCACCUUUAG